GGGCGGUGCAUGCGCAGGAGGAAGAGUGUAUCAAUUUCAACAGCAUCAGCUGGCGCCAGGGUUCCAUAGAAGGAAGUGUUGCUGUAUAAGUGCUGGAGUUUACCUUCUAUGACCGGUUAUUCUUUUAUUAGAUUGGGAACGAUUGAAGACCUGCCAAGAUGUCCAAAAUUGAGAAGAUGAGCAUUCAGGGUGUGAGGAGUUUUGGGAUAGAUGACAAAGAUAAACAGAUUAUCACCUUCAAUACUCCAUUAACUGUUCUGGUGGGACCAAAUGGUGCAGGAAAAACGACUAUAAUUGAGUGCUUAAAGUACAUUUGCACAGGUGAUUUCCCUCCUGGAACCAAAGGGCAAACAUUUGUUCAUGACCCAAAGGUCGCCCAUGAAACUGACGUGCGAGCGCAAAUCCGUCUGCAGUUUCGAGAUGUGAAUGGAGAAAUGGUGGCGGUUCAGAGAUCGAUGCUUUGCACACAGAAGGGCAAAAAGACUGAAUUCAAAACCUUGGAGGGCGUGAUCACACGGAUGAAGCAUGGAGAAAAGGUCAGCUUGAGUUCCAAAUGUGCGGAGAUGGAUCGUGAGAUGAUCAGUGCCUUGGGCGUCUCAAAAGCUGUGUUAAAUAAUGUUAUAUUCUGUCACCAAGAAGAUUCAAACUGGCCUCUGAGUGAGGGAAAGGCUCUGAAGCAGAAAUUUGAUGAGAUUUUCUCAGCCACAAGGUACAUUAAAGCUUUAGAAAUGCUUCGUCAGGUCCGCCUGAAGCAGUCACAGAACGUCCGAGAGUAUCAAGCAGAGCUCAAGUACCUGAAGCAAAAUAAGGAGAAAGCCCAAGAAAUCCAACAUCAGCUGACGGACAAAGAGACCCAACUGGCUGCUUCAAAGGAGAACGUCCAAUCGAUUGAAAAUCAGAUAGCUCCCUUAGAGGAACGCUUGUCAGAAAUUAACAAGAACUUGACUAAGGUGAUGACGCUCGACGUUGACAUCAAAGCUCUUGAGAGCCGGAAAAGGCAAAUGGAAGAGGAUAAUCGAGAUCUGGAGGAGAAAAUGGAACAGGUUUUCCAAGGGACGGAUCAGCAACUUCGAGACAGAUAUUACAAUCACCAGAGAACAGUGAGUGAGAAGGAGAAGCAGUUAAAUGAUCGUCAGCGUGAGCUUGAACGUAUCAACAACCGGUGUCAGAAACUCAACAGACAGAAAUCGGAAAUGUUGAUUGAGCAAGGACGACUUCAGCUUGAAGCAGAUCGUCAGCAGGAAAACAUCAAGAGGCGAGACUCGCUGGUCCACUCCCUGGCCACGCAGCUCAAAUUGGAUGGCUAUGAAAGAGCACCCUUUAGUGAUCGACAGUUUGAAAGUUUCCGUCGACAGCUGGAUGCUAGGUUGGAGAGAGAGAAGGAAACAGCCACUCAGCUGCUGAAUGAAUACAGUAAUAAAGAAACAGCAAAACAAAAGCAGAUUGAUGAGUUCAGAGAUAAGAAGACAGGAUUAGAGCGGACGAUUGAGCUGAAGCUGGACAUUCAACGGAAGAGGGAAACUGAGCUGAUGAGUAUUAAAAAGGACCUACAGCAGCUGGAGGGCUCGUCUGACAGACUGCAGGAACUCGACCAGGAACUGAGUAAAACGGAGCAUGACCUCGAACGUUCAGUAAAAAGCAGUAACGUGGAAGCAUUGAAUAUGGAAGUGACAAACUUGCGGAGAGAGAAAGAAGAUCUAGACAAGUCCUUGCGGAAACUAGAUCAGGAAAUGGAGACAAUAAGCAUGCAUACGUCCACUCGAACUCAGAUGGAAGUGCUGCAAAAAGAUAAGGCUGAGAAGGAGGAACAGAUCAGGAAGAUAAAAUCCAGACACAAUGAAGGAUUGACAACGCUGUUGGGUUUUUUCCCAAACAAGAAACAACUGGAUGACUGGCUUUCUGCAAAAGCUGGGGAGAUCAAUCUAUGCCGGGAUAAGCUGUUCAAGCUGAAUAAGAACUUGGCUUCGGCAGACCAGAACAAAAACCACAUAACUACUGACCUGCGGACAAAAGAACAGCAGCUCACUAUGCACGAAGACAGGCUCUUCGAUGUGUGCGGAGAGCAGGAUUUCGAAAGCAAUCUGUAUAAACUGAAGGAUGAUAUUGAGAAGACAUCAAAGCAAAGAGCCAUGCUGUCUGGAGCCACGGCCGUGUAUAGCCAGUUCAUUAGCCAGCUGACGGAGGAGAACGAGCCCUGCUGCCCAGUGUGCCAGCGCACCUUUCCGUCAGAGGCAGAGCUGCAGGACAUCAUCGAGGACCUGCAGUCGAAGCUUCGCCUCGUUCCCAACACGUUGAGGUCAACUGAGUCAGAGCUGAAGAAGAAAGAAAAGCGUCGUGACGAAAUGAUGGAACUCAGGCCGAUCAGGGAAAUAGUCAUUGAACUUAAAGAAAAAGAUCUGCCUGAGCUUCGAAAUAAACUGCAGAGCAUCAACCGAGACAUUCAGCACGUGAAGAACGAUAUUGAGAAUGAGGAGACUCAGCUUGCUUGCUUGAUAUCACAAGAAGACUCGGCAAAAUCACGUCUGCAAGACAUAUCACAUAUGGAGAGAUACCAGACAGACUUGAGAGAUGUCGAACGCAAGUUUGCGCAGCAAGCUGCCAAGCUCCAGGGGGUAAGCAUGAACCGUACAAUGCAACAGGUCAGUCAAGAGAAGCAAGAAAUGAAGCUGCAAGUGGAGACGGUUUCCAGUAAAAUCGAGCUGAAGAGGAAGAUGAUUCAAGACCAGCAGGAACAGAUUCAGGAACUGAAGAGCAUUGUCAACGAGAUCCGAGCUCAGAAACUACACAUCGCCAGCAACAUGCAGCACCGUCAACAGCUGGAGGAGCAGAGUGCAGAAUUCUCCACUGAGAUUCAAUCCUUACACAGGGAAAUACAAGAAUCUAAGGAACAGUUAUCUCCAAUAGCUACAACUCUGAAUAAACUACGGGAAGAAAAGCAAGAGCUGAUGGAGCGGAAAAGUACCAGCUACAAGGAGAUGCAGGACAAGAUAAAUGAAAUCAAAGACAAAAUGAAAAAUAUUGAUGCUUAUGCAAGAGAAAUUGAAAGAUACAUCAAAGAAAGAAGAGAUGAACAUAAAGAGCAAAAAGAGUCGGAGCUUCAAGACACUACAACUCAACUGAGUGACGCUGAGAAACAGCGGGAGAAGAUGCACAAGGAAAUGGAGACCAUACGAAAGAACAUCGAUACACAGAAGCUCGAAGAGCGGUGGUUGCAAGAUAAUUUGACACUGCGCAAAAGGAUGGAAGAAUUGGAAGUUGUGGAGUCCAAGAGGAAAGAGCGGCUGAAAGAGAUGGGAGAGAUGGGAGUAAAUCAGCUCAGGAGCGAACGACAACAACUGGAAGAGCAACUAGAUGAUUGCAAAAAGAAACGAAAUCUGGCCCAAGGCCGACAGAAAGGCUUUGAAGAAGAAAUUCUUCACUUCAGAAAGGAACUGAGAGAUGCUCAGUACAGAGAUGCUGAGGAAAAGUUCAGAGAAAUGAUGAUCAAAAUGAGAACAACAGAAUUGGCUAACAAGGACCUAGAUAUUUAUUACAAGGCACUGGACCAAGCCAUCAUGAGAUUCCACAGCAUGAAGAUGGAAGAAAUUAACAAAAUUAUCCGGGACUUGUGGCGGAGCACUUAUCGAGGGCAAGAUAUUGAAUACAUUGAGAUCCGUUCUGAUGCUGAUGAAAAUGUGUCUGCCAGUGACAAAAGAAGAAAUUACAAUUACCGUGUAGUCAUGGUGAAGGGUGAUACAGCUCUGGACAUGAGAGGAAGGUACAGUGCUGGACAGAAGGUUCUGGCCUCGCUCAUUAUCCGCUUGGCUCUGGCGGAGACCUUCUGUCUGAACUGCGGAAUUCUAGCUCUGGAUGAGCCGACCACAAACUUAGACCGGGAAAACAUUGAGUCACUGGCCCAUGCUUUGGUUGAGAUAAUAAAGAGCCGCUCAAACCAAAGCAACUUUCAGCUUCUGGUCAUCACACACGAUGAGGAUUUUGUCGAGUUGCUGAGUCGUUCCCAAUACGUCGAGCACUUUUACCGUAUCAAGAAGAACAUCGACCAAUGCUCAGAAAUCAUUAAAUGCCGCGUCAGCUCUUUGAACACCCAUGUUUAGUAAAAACGUAUGUCAUGAAUAAUAGUUUUCAGGGUAAGCUGUAAUGAGAACCAUUUUAUGAAACAGAUACUGUUCUUUCUGGAUGAUUACAAGAUUAGUCUUGUACUUUCUAUUUUGUUGUUGAUAUAAAGUUUGAGUUUUUUCUUCUGACAUGUAACAACAUUGAACUGGUACAAAAAUAAAACCAACUUACUUUCCCCAUC